AUGGAUUUCAAACGUAAAAGUGUGAUUGCAUUAUUUUUGACUGGAGAAUCGCAACCAGCGAUUGAUCGUGAGCUCGAGCACCUUAACGUCGGUAAUGUGUUUGUUUAUCGCACCAUUACUCGUUACAAUGAUACUGGUAGCAUCUCAAAAUGUCAUGGAGGUCCUGAAGAUGUGCUGAAAUUUCUCGGAAACGAAAGUGUCGUGGAUCAUUUUAAGCUUGUCACAAAGGAUGGCAACAGUCUGCUCGUCGGUGCCAGAAACAUCGUUUACAAUCUGAGCAUACACGACCUAACGGAACAGCAGCGUUUGGUGUGGCAAUCCACAGAGGAUGACGUCAAAAUGUGCAUUAUUAAGGGCAAAGCCGAGGAGGCAUGUCAAAAUUACAUUCGCAUCAUGGUGGUGACGUCGCCGGGUCGCUUGUUCGUGUGUGGCACCAAUUCGUUUCGACCCAUGUGCAAUACAUACAUAAUCAACGACAACAACUAUACCCAGGAGGCAAGCAAAAGCGGCCAAGCAGUAUGUCCCUACGAUCCCCAUCACAAUUCCACAUCAGUGUUUGCUGAUAACGAGCUAUACUCCGGCACUGUGGCCGAUUUCAGCGGCAGUGAUCCGAUUAUCUAUCGUGAGCCUCUACAAACGGAGCAAUACGACAGCCUAAGCCUCAAUGCGCCAAAUUUUGUUAGCUCUUUUACACAGGGUGACUUUGUGUAUUUUUUCUUUAGAGAAACGGCUGUGGAGUUUAUAAAUUGCGGAAAAGCAAUUUAUUCACGCGUGGCGCGCGUCUGCAAAUGGGACAAGGGUGGACCGCAUCGUUUUCGCAACCGCUGGACGUCAUUCCUGAAAUCGCGCCUCAAUUGCUCCAUACCAGGCGAAUAUCCGUUCUACUUCAAUGAGAUACAAUCGGCCAGCAAUCUCGUCGAAGGACACUAUGGCCACACAAGCGCCAAAUUGAUUUAUGGCGUUUUUAAUACGCCAACAAAUUCAAUUCCCGGCUCAGCAGUUUGUGCAUUUUCAUUGCAGAAAAUCGCGGACACAUUCGAGGGUAACUUUAAGGAGCAGAGCAGCAUUAACUCGAAUUGGUUGCCUGUCAGCAAAACCAAGGUACCUGAGCCGCGUCCCGGUUCGUGCCAUAAUGAUUCACGAACACUGCCGGAACCAACGCUGAAUUUCAUCAAAACACACUCGCUAAUGGAUGAGAACGUACCGGCGUUUUUCGGUCAGCCAAUUUUGGUCAGAACGAGCACAAUUUAUCGCUUCACACAAAUCGCUGUGGAUGCACAGAUAAAAACGCCCGGCGGAAAGACUUACGAUGUGAUAUUCAUUGGCACAGAUCAUGGGAAAAUUAUAAAAUCCGUAAAUGCUGAGUCCGCCGAUUCCGAUGCGAAAGUGUCAUCGGUGGUAAUUGAGGAAAUCGAUGUACUGCCAAAGAGUGAACCCAUCAGAAAUCUGGAAAUUAUGCGCACAAUGCAGUAUGAUCAACCGAAGGAUGGCAGCUAUGACGACGGAAAAUUAAUCAUUGUCACCGAUAGCCAAGUGAUUGCAAUACAAUUGCAUCGCUGUCAUGAUGACAAAAUCACCAGCUGUAGUGAGUGUGUGGCGCUGCAGGAUCCGUACUGUGCUUGGGAUAAAAUUGCUGGCAAAUGUCGUUCGCAUGGUGCGCCGCGUUGGUUGGAAGAGAAUUAUUUUUAUCAGAAUGUUGCAACUGGGCAACAUGCGGCAUGCCCAUCAGGUAAAAUCAAUUCCAAAGACGCGAAUGUGGGCGAACAAAAAGGCUAUCGCGACGAUAUGGAUUUAUUGGAUUCACGGCGUCAAGGCAAGGAUCAAGAAAUCAUCAAUAUAAUGGGUGAUAAAAACUUCGAAGGUCCACAAAUUUCAGCAGAUAUUAUCAAUGCGCAGUAUACCGUCGAAACGCUGGUUAUGGCCGUCUUAGCGGGUUCAAUUUUCUCCCUUCUAGUGGGCUUCUUUACAGGCUACUUCUGUGGCCGCCGCUGUCAUAAGGAUGAGGAUGACAAUCUGCCAUACCCCGAUACGGAGUAUGAGUACUUUGAACAGCGUCAAAAUGUCAAUCGCAUUCAAGCCGAGCCCAAGCUGCUACCUCAAGUGGAGGAGGUGACGUACGCCGAACCGGUGCUGUUGCCACAGCCACCACCACAAAAUAAAAUCCAACACUCGCCGAAAAGUACGCUACGUAAGCCCAUGCAUCAUCAUGGACCCAACUCAGAAACGCUCUUCCAGUUCCAGCCUGAUGGCUACAAUACUCAACAGACAUAUCGCGGUCGCGACAAUUUUGGCACACUGCGAUCGCAUCAGGUGAUGGGUGAUAAUUAUCGUCGGGGCGAUGGCUUUUCGACAACUCGCAGCGUUAAGAAGGCUGUAAACACAAAUACACGUAACAGAAGUCUUGGUCGUUUAAGAAGGCAGCCGCCCCGUCAUGGUAUUGUAACUCAACACCGUUCGAAUAGUCCAGCACAACACUCCAGCUCCGGCUCAUCGCCGGUGAUGUCAAAUAGUAGUUCUAGUCCAGCGCCACCUUCCAGCAGUCCUAGUCCGCAGGAGAGCCCCAAGAAUUGUAGUUACAUUUACCGUGAUUGAUUGAUAUGUAAUACCAAAUCGAUGCCACUAAUCAAAUCAGCAACAACAGCAGCAGCAGUAGGAGCAGCCGUUGGAGGAGCAACAGCAGCAAUGACCACAGUAGCAGCAACGACAACAGCAUGUGUUAAUGGAGCAACACGCAUGACAGCAACAACCACAACAGUACCGGCAACAGCAACAGCAACAACCAAAGCCACGCGCACCACGUCCGGCAAAGUGCGCACCACACUCGCCAAAUCCGUACCAGCUACACCAGUACAACCAAAAUCACCAGCCACACACUUCAUAUCAUCAUCGCCCGAGUACAAAGGCGGCCGUGCAACGGCGGAGCGGGAGGACGAUGAAGAGGAGCACUACAACAACUGCAGCGAAUAUAUGCCACAUUCGUAUCCCAACUUUACAUUUGAUCUCUCGGAAGAUGACUCAAAUGAGAUCGAUGACGAAUUAGAGUUGGACGACUCCUCGCUUGCCAUGAUAACACCGCCACCACCCUACGUCGACACGCCACUACAGUACGUACGUGCACCACCGCUGACACAACAGCGCACACGACGAGCUGCCACAGCACCGCCGCCGCCGACACGCAAAAAGCUCUUUCAAAAUCGUGAAAUAUUCAACAUCAAUACGCCGACAAUUACGCCGAGUAGCAGCAGCUUUGCAAGCGCUAUAACGCCAACCAAAUUGAGCGCUGCAGCAGCCGCAAUGUUUGCAGCGCCACAAAUGGUGCAGCUCAAUAGGAAAUGGACGCAAUUGCAUCGUAAGCGACGACGGCGGAAUAGUAGCUCUGGCGAUUCGAAGGAAUUGGAUAAAUUGGUGUUGCAAUCGGUGGAUUGGGAUGAAAAUGAUAUCUAUUAAUCUAAAGGUGUAGUCCAGCUAAGUGGCUAAGUGGCUGAGUAGCUGAGCGCUGGUGGAAACGCGCUGCUGCUUCUGGGCAAAGCUUUUGCGCUUGCUUGCAAAUGUGAAAAAUAGAAAAGAAGAAGCAAAAUCUUUCAUAUAUACACUUUGCGUUUCUUGGCUUAAUCGUAGACUUACUUUUUCCAUUCGAAAUACAUAUACAAAUACAUAUAAUAGUAAUACAUACUUACAUAUAUACUCGUAAUUUAAAGGCGUACAUACAUAGAGAAGCAAGUGCAAGUACGCAUACAUGCAAGCAUAGUAUAAGAGCGCGCGCGAUUAGGUAACAAUAAUAACUACAUA